CUCAUCUCUAAUUUUUCGCCACAAGUUCUUCGUCACUGCUUCUUCCCGUUUAACUUCACCGCCUCGAUUUUUCCUAUCAGAAAUCGCCGCCUUACGAAUCAGAUCCAUUCUCAGUCCUCCAUAUUUUUUCUCUCCUGUUCCUAUGAAUUCCCGUAUCCCAUCUUUUCGUUAUUCUCUAUCAGUUCCUCACCUCACCGUUGACAGUAAUUUUCGAGAUGGAGAGUGGUUCGGAAGGAGAAAGCGAUCGGAACAUCAAUGAUGAAUCCGAUGGAAAAACUCAUCUCCGAUUUCAUUACUAAAACCCCAGAAGCAUCAUCAAAAAUUCUAAACCCAAAACGACGACAUCCAUGGAGGACAGCUUCAAGGUUCAACUUGAUAGGUCUUUCGGAUCUGUCGAUGUUUCUUCUUCAUCUACAAUAAACAACAUCGUCAUCUACCUUUCCUUCGCCUGCUCUUCCUUCCCUAUGUAUCGGUAACUGGAACUAAACCAUUUCGUGGUUUUCAUGGGCUUCAAAAAUUAGGUCACCAUUUUUCUCUUCCAAGGCUUUCAUCGCCACACGGCCAACGGUAUCUUCUAGCAUCACCACCGCCACCUCUUUCUCUUAUACCGCUUUUUUCGGUUGAUUGCGGAUGAGUCACCCUCUCCAGUUGCAGUUAAUACGUGGAAGAUAACUGAAAGCAGAUGAAGUGAUAUGCGUGUGCAAGCUUUUCUUGUGUUAUGUGACUGAAGUUUAGUCAUGGGGUAUGACUUCUGGUGGCGGCAGGGACAUCAUGAAAAGGCUCACAAUGCAGUUGAUAGCCACCGCCUUCCUCUGGAUUUUGCUUAUCGCUUCCAAUCAACUUUGUCUUCGUUUGUCAAGGUCAAUCCACCCUUCAUCUCUACACAAUCUUUUCAACAUAAUGAAGCUUUAGUUCAAUCUGAGAGACAAUUCCCACCACAAAAGAUUGAACCAACAGAAAAUGAAAAAUCUUCACUACAAAUUCGCUCAGGUUUUCUUAAUGGCAAUUCUGAAAGAUCUCAAGAACACCAUGAAGAUGAGGCAGAUCAAAAGAAUAAAUGGAGAUAUUGGUAAUAAUUCCAACAGUGCCUCAUCUAAAGUUGGAUCACUUCCGUUUAUUUGCUUAUUAUAGCAUCUUACUUUCAUUUCUUAUUUUAAGCUUUAUACUUUCACUUUUUUAUUUCUGAUUAAUGCAUUGUGCUUUGAAAAAUCAUUUCAAUUAACAAAAAGUCUUCACAUACAACUCAUUUGUAAUCUGCAGAUUCUUUUGAUCUAUCAAUGUACCAG